AUGCCGGUGGCCCUGCUGCAGGACUGGUGCCCGGGGGAGCACCUGGACAUCCAGAAGGCCAUGCUCAUCCUGGGCAUCCCCGAGGACUGUAGCGAGGCGCCGCUGGAGGAGACGCUGCAGGCGGCACUCCGGCACCUGGGCAAGCAUCGGGUCGUUGGCAGGAUGUUUACGAGGGAGGAGAAUGCCCAGGCGUUCCUCCUGGAGCUGGCGCGAGACAUCGACUAUGCGCUGCUCCCCAGGGAAAUACCAGCAAAGGGGGGGCCCUGGGAAGUGAUUGUGAAGCCCCGCAACUCAGACGGCGAAUUCCUCAACCGACUGAACGGUUUCCUAGAGGAGGAGAGGCGCUCAGUGGCUGACAUGAACCCCGCCUGCCCGGCCCCUGGAGUGGCUGUCUCCCGGAUUCUAGAGCAAAUGCUGUACCGCGAGCUCCGCGUGUUCUCUGGGCACAGCGUGUCCAUCCCAGGGGCGCUGGCCUUUGAGGCCUGGCUGGAGCACACCACCGACGUGCUUCAGAUGUGGCAGGUGCCUGAGGGGGAAAAGAGGCGGCGGCUGAUGGAAUGCUUGCGGGGCCCCGCGCUGCAGGUGCUCAGCGGGCUGCGGGCCAGCAACUGGGCCGUCACCACGGCGGACUGCCUGGCGGUGCUGCAGCAAGUGUUGGGGCCUGUGGAGAGCCGCAAAGUCACCCAGGUGAAGUUUUGCAAGGCCCGCCACGAGAUAGGAGAGAAGGUGUCUAGCUUUGUGGUCUGUUUGGAACCCCUGCUCCAAAGAGCUGUAGAAAAAAAUGCCAUCUCCCGAAGGAAUGUCAACCAGGCUCGCCUGAAGCAAGUCCUAGGCAGGGCCACACUUCCUGACAAACUCUGAGACAGACUGAGGCUGAUGAAACAGCGGCAGAGGCCUCCCGGCUUCCUGACCCUGGUCAAGCUCCUGCGGGAGGAGGAGUGGGAGGCCGUUGUGGGGCCUGAGAGGCCCAAGGAGCCUGCAGACAGUGGGGACCCUGCCCAGGUGAGGCCCGCCCAGGGCUCCCGGUGCCUGCGGGGCAGAGGAAGGAGAUUCCACACGUUGUGCUAUGGCUGCGGGGAGGAUGGCCACAUCAGAGUGAAGUGUAGCUAUCCCCAGAACCGGCCCCUGGUCAAGCAGAAGAGACAGGCUACCGCGGAGUCGGUAAACGGGAGCUGGGCUUGGGACCAGGGCCAGCCCAAGCCCAAGCCCAAGUAG